GUAAGAGUUUGACAGAUGUCGAAACGACUCCUGUCGAGACUGCGAGCCCGAUCUCGUUCGCCUAUCUAUGUCGCAUCCGAAGACAUUUUCUUGACGACGCCGCGGGACGCAGGCGUCGCGACGUCGGAACUGCCUGCUCGCGGGGAAUUCCCCUGUAUCGACGCUCCAGUCGAGACGCGAACCGUGUUUGGCGAACAAGUUGUGACGUCGUCCUCCGCGUCACGACGACCACCGCUUUCAGCUGCGACGUAUUGUGACAACGCGGGCGACAUGUCUAGGCAGCAGCCGAGCAGCUCUAGAAAACCAGAAACUACCACGAAGCCCAGCAUGGCCGACAAGAGGAGGGUGCCCAGUUUCCGAUCGAAAUCUAGAGCAGAAACGAGUAGUUUGGGCGGAAGCAGCAGAACAGACGGUGGUCGUCUCAGGGGGGACGGCGGUGGGGGCAGCAGUGACGAUGAUACAUUCAACAGGGAAAAUUCGGACUUGAGGAUGAAGCUACAAGAAGAAGCAUCGCUUUACAAGCGAAGACUAGACCAAUAUAGACAGGCGCAGUCUAAUCAAGCCUCCCUAAUCAGCAGACUUCAAGCUAAGGUUCUCCAGUACAAGAAAAGGUGCACAGAGCUGGAGGCGCAAAUGGCAAACAAUAUAUUUCCUUCAGACCAACCAGCAUCUCUAUCCAGUCGAGCAGGUUUGGGCAUUUCUGGUCCAAGCAGCGCCUUGGAACAAGCCCAGAUGCAUUUGAGAGAGAGCCGAGAAGAGAGAAUAUCAGACUUGGACACUGCUUUGCGAAAACUCGAAGAAGAAAGAAAAAAGUGCGAGGCAUUGAUGAAACUGAACAACAACCUCAGGGAGCAACUCGAAGAGUCACAUCAGACCAAUGAAGCCUUAACCGUCGAUCUACAGAAGCUGACGAAUGAUUGGGAAGUUUUGCGUGAAGAGAUGCUGAUGAAGGAAGACGAGUGGAGAGAGGAGGAACAGGUUUUCAACGACUACUACAGCUCCGAGCACAACAAGCUUCUCAAUCUUUGGAAGGAUGUUGUCACGAUGAAGAGGUUGUUCCUGGACGUUCAAUCUAACACGGAAAGGGACCUGCACAAGUUGAGGUCUGAUGUAGAGGGGGUUGGAAAAGAUGUAGCAUUGGCUUGUGAUAAGAUGGAGACCAAGGUUGGCAGCAAAAUGAUUUUCGACCAAGAGAAAUGUCAUCAGGAACAAGCUGCCUCUAAACUCAGGGAAGAAAUCGACGACUUAAAACAACAGAAUGAAUCUUACAGAAGCGAACUAGCCCUCAGGGAUGAGAGAAUGCAAGAACUGCUCAAGGAUAUCCAAACUUUGGAGGAAAGAUGCGCGGAAAUGGACCAAGGCGUAUCCCAAGUGGGUAAGAUGCAGGAAGAGAUCGACAUCCUUCAAGGCGCCCUCAGAGACAUUGCCCACGCCCUCAUUCAGGAUGCAGAAGUUGUGGAACCGGAACUAUUGAUGCCUUCACAUAUUCACCUCAGUGCCUCUACCUCAGUGCCUCAAAAAUCUCCGAAAAGAAUGGCCCACGGCAUGGCCUCGACAGCUGCCUUCGCUGAAAGCACUAUAUCGGCCGUACAAGCGGCUUUACACAAGUAUCAAUCUUUUAUACAUGGACUACAGGUGAAACUCCAAUCGAAUAAGGAGCAACUUGUCUUAGUCCGCAAACAAUACGAAAACUCCGAAGAGAACGUGCAGGAACUGGAGAAACGGGCGAAGGAACUGAUCGCUCAGCUCGAUGCCAGUCGAGCUCAGUGUUCUCAACUCACCCAAGAUAGGGAGAUCCUUCAGAAAUCUCUGGAAGCUACCAAGCUAGAAAAAAACAGUCUGGAUAAGACACGAAUAGAAUUGGCAGCAACGCUGGAGAAUCUCAGCAGUGAUUACCAGAAACUUCAGAAGACAGCCCAAAUCUUGCAGAAAGAAUCGGAGACCCUUCAGGAUGAGAAGAUUUUCUUGCAGUCUGAAAUUGACAGAUUGAACCAGAAUAUCGAGAUGGGGGAGAUGAACAUGAGGUCUGAGGAAGACAGAAGCAGCAGGUUAAGAGAAGAGCUACUGACUGUCAGAGAAGAAUUAAACAAACUCUACCUGUCCCACGAUAUGUUGGAGCAGCAGAAGUUGGAAGCAGACAUUCUCAUAUCUUCUCUGGAAAAAACUAAAGCUGAGUAUGAGCUUCAACUAGACAGACUGAUGGGUGACAAAUCGGAAGUCCACGACUCCUUGUUGAAAAAACAAAAUAUCGCCGCGAUCUUGGAAUCAGAUAAGGUUAAACUUCAGGAAGAAUUAAAAAAGAUGCAAGACGAGAAAACUGCAUUGCAGCUGCAAUGUAAUGAUCAUCAAAAUGACAUACAAUCACUGAGAAAAGAACUGUUGCAAGCGGAGCAGCAGAGACUCGAUCUGGAGUCAGAUAAAGUAUCUUUAACAGAAAAGUGCAAAUUUUUGGAAAUGGACAAAGGAAAGAUAGAAAUAGAGCUUAACCAAGUUACGAGGGAACGGAACGAUCUAAGCAACCAGCUAACAGUUCUUGGGCGUAAGAGGGAUGCGAUAAACGAAGAGGUCAUGAGACUGAAACAGAAAUUAGAACAGUCGAACGAAACGAACGCAAGAGUGAAUAGGAAUUUAGAAGAGUUGGUUAAGGAAUGCGAAGAAAAGCAGUGCACGAUCGACUCUAUGGACAAGGAGAUCCAAAGGAUCCAGGAACUGCUGGCGUCGAUGAGAUCGGAGAAGGAGGCUUUGGAAGCUGUCCUGUUCGAUACCCAGACAAACCUGGAAGCAUCGGAAAUCAAGAAGACGCAAUUAGACAAAGAGCUGCAAGAACAAAUGGUCAAACAGGAACAACUUAAAUCCCAGGUGAACCGCCUGACAAAGGAGCUGGAGAGAUCGGAAAAGAAGUCCAUGGAGAUGAAGAACACCAUGAUGCAGCAGGUCGGCAGCAAAGAGACCGAAUUCAGACAGAGUAUCGAGGUUUUGAAACAGCAGAACGAGGAGAACGUGAAGAAGUUGACGGAGGAAAGGGAUAAAAUAAAGAAAAAUUUGGAAAAACGGAUGCAGCAGUCAUUGCAACAGCUUGGUAGCGAGAAAGAUGCCGAGAUUCAGCAGCUUUUGGACAGGGUAGAGAGCUUACAGAAUCAUAUCGAUAAUCUUUGUCAACAGCACGAAGAACUUAUGCUUCGGGCCGAAAACGACAAGCAACAGGCUCUCCUUCUUGCUCAUCACGACCAUCAGGCCCUUCACGAUCGUUACGAGGCAGUUCGUAGAGAACUAGAGGGCGAGAAAGAAACGCUGGAACGAUUCAAGAGAGAAGCUAACAGUCGUUUGGAACAAGACAGAAUCAACAUCAAUCAGCUGAAAGAAGAACUGAACAAAUACAAGACUAAACUGGAAGAGGCCAAAGCGAGAACUGAAGAGGAAAAACUCAAACUAGAGCAGAAGAUUGAGGAGGUUCGGCACGAGAAGGAAGUAGCCGCAGGAGAGGUAGAAAACUUGAAGAUCCAAUUGAACCUUACUGAAAACAAAUGCAGCACCGUGACUGAUCAGCUUCACGAAACAAUUCGAAAGCUCAAAGAAGUAGAGAACCAUUCGGAGAGUCUGAGGAAAGAUCUGACGGAUGUUCGCAGGCAGCUAGCGGACAGUACUUUUGAGAAAGAGAAGUAUCACACAACAAACAAAGAACUGAGGGACUACAUAAAGAAAACGGAAAGCGAGAAGAGAGACCAGGCAAGACAACUCGAAGAGUACUCCAUGAAAAUAUCGAGUCUAGAAGAAAUGAAGUCAUCUAUAGAGAGCGAACGGAAUCGUUUCCAAAACCAGGUUAGAGACCUUGAAAAGGAUUUAACUCAAUCGGAACAUAAUAUCCUGAGCUUGAAGGAAGAGAUCCAAAAGGCACAGAACGCUGGAUCACAGCAGCAGGCGGAAGAAAAAGAGCUUCAAGCCAGAUUGCUAAACGAAAUAGAGGAACGGGAGAGGUCUCACCAGGAGGUUCACCAGCUGCGAAAGCAGAUUUCCGAACUGGAGAGAAACCUGGAACAUUGCAGACAGGAACUGAAUAGGGCCCUGGCGCAUACGGGACAUCUUGAGGAACAGUGGCAUUCCAGAGAGCAAGAUCUCCUGAUUCACCUUGAGGACAGUAGGUCCCGAGAGAAGAGACUCGAAGACCAGAAGCACAACCUUGAGGUUUGUCUGGUAGACGCCACUCAGCAGAUACAGGAACUGAAGGCUAAAUUAGGAGGUUCCGAAGGUAAAGUGCGGGCCCUUGAGACUCAACUGAGUCAGCUGGAAUCGAACAAGAGAGACGUUGAACAAAAACUCAGCAGCGUGAUAAUGACCUUGAGAAGAAUCGCUGGUGUGCAGUUGGAUGGCACGGUGACCAUGCCGUAUAGAUUGAUGAGUCCAUCGAGGAGAUGGAGCCCGGCAAGAUCUCACGAAGAUGUCAGAGACGGCGUCAUUGACGUUGAUCCCGAGGUGGUGAGGAAAGGAGUGAGAAACUUGAUGCAGCAAGUGGCCCACAUUGAACGAGAAAGGGAUGACUACAAAAAUCAAGUGGACAACGUCAAGAAACAACUGAAAGAAUUAAGCGACAGUCAGUCGAAGGGUGACUCGAAACUUACCAAGCUAACCCAGAACCUAAGAAGCCUUCAAGAAGAAAAAGGAAGCUUGGAGACCAAACUCGGUCAGAAAACCGUAGAGUUACAGUCUCAAACUGAGACCCUGAACAAAAAAACGGCUGAAGUUAAACAAAUGCGAGAAAAAAUAGUAUCAUUGGAACUAUCAGUUGGAAGUGGUCAAGCAGAGAAGCAACAAUAUGAGGAGAAACUAGAGAAAAUGAAAAUAGCUUUAUCUCGCCUGGAGGCAGAAAAAAGAGGUCUCCAGGACGAGCUGAACAGAGUCGAGAACCGUUCUACAAAAUUAGAACUUCAGAGAAUGUCAGCCGAUGGAGAUCUCCAGAGACUUCAGAUGAUGCUGCAAGAAAAAGAAGCGGCUAUACAGAAAUUGCAGGAGAAAUGCGAUUCGCAGAGCAGAGCGAUGGCGAGUCUGGAGGAAAGAUGCAUGUCGUUGAAGUCGACGAUAGAUCAGCUCAAUCUGUCUUUGGAGCGGGCUGCCAGCAGCGAAUCGGAAACCAAGAGCGAAAUACAGAAGUUACAGAGGGAUCUGCUGGAAGCGACGACGAGUUCCCAAACUGGAACUGAAAAGCUCAAGCAGUUCCAGAAAUCGUUAAGUACUUGCGAAAACGAGAGACGUUUGCUCAACGAACGCUUCGAAGUGACCCAACAGAAUCUGGCGGAACUCAGAAGGAACAACCAAAUCCUCCAAGAUCAGGUGUCCAGAUUAAACCAAGAACUGGCGAACAACGAGGUCGUGCGAUCCAGUUUGGAAUCUCAACUGAGACUGGCGCAAUGGCCCACUGAAACCACAGUUGGUGGCAAAGAGGAAGAGGAACUUCACAGACAACUGCAAAUCGUCCAGAAAGAGAGGAACGAGUUCAGAGCAAAAGUAGACAGCCUCACCACUAAGCUGAGGCAUCUGGAGAACGAGAAUCGCAACUUGGAGAGGUGCAGCGCCAAGUCCUUGUCCUCGACGGGAAGGACCAAAUCCUAUGAACAUCCCGAUAAAUAUCAGAUGGACAGUCAGCAUAGCGAGACCGAGAAAGAUAAGCACGAACAGGAGAACAGAGAGUUGAGACUGAAAAUCUCGAGAUUGGAAUCGGAGCUCACUGAGAAAGAGCUGGAGCUGAGCAGGCUGCGAAGUCUGCAGAGGUCGAGUCUGGACGGUAAAUUCGACAGGGCAGAGAUCGAACGGUACAGGGCUGCGCAGUUGCAAGCGGAGAGGUUGUUGGAAGCUAGAGAGCAGAGCCAUAGGCAGCAGGUGGCUAGAUUAGAAAAUCAGGUGAGUUUGCUAAGGGACCAACUGAAUCAAGAAAUCAAACGAAGACAACAGUACGUUUUACGAAGCACGCAAGCUGGAAGAGAGAUGGCCCAAUUGCGCCAAACCUUGGGCGACAGCCUCAAGACUGUUUCUCAAGAUCCCGCCUUGGAUUCCUUGCUGUUGGAGCACGAAACCAAGAGAUUAGAUCAUUCCAUAGCAGCAACCAGUCUACCUCCAUCCUUAGCACUGCCGACCCCUUCUAGCUCCUACCUGAGGUCAUUAACGCCGCAGCCAAAAUAAAUCUAACUCUCAAAUGUGAUAAAUCUAUCCUGACGUGAACAUUUUCAGAAUAGGCAAAAUGUUAUUGGAAUGAGGACCAUGUUAUAGGACUAGGUGGUUUUUUAGGCAGCUCCUGGUGGAAAUUCUCAAGGAUGAUGUUGAUAGUUCGAUAUUGUAAUAGUGUUGUUUGAUCACUGCCAUUUCAGUUGGUUUGCUGGUAGAAACCUAUACUCAUAGAAUGGUUUUUUGUAUUUGGACACGAAAGAGCACCUUCCGAAGUGUUUAGUGUAGUAUUAAUAUGUUAACUACUCCAUAUAUUUCAAUAAGAAUAUUUUUCACUUUUAUAAUUUUCUAAUAUUCGAAGGUAUACUGUGCGUUAGGUUUCAUACAACGAGGAGUAUAUUCAACCUGAAUUGAAGCUCAAUUUUCAUUUAGAAUCGACUUAAAAUGAAUUUUUGUGAUUGAGGAUAUAUACACGAAAGCCAGAGUGGCCUUGUAUAUGAGUUAAUCUGAUUUCAAAAUAUUCCAAUUUGUCUUCUAUUGGUCAUUGAUGAUUUACUAUGGAUAGUUCAUUUGAUGUUUCGGUGUUUGGUUACUUUUUCUUUGUACUAUUUAUCUGUAAAUUUGGUAGCUUCAAUAUAAAUUUUUAGAGAU